CAAGCCAAGCCCAAACCCAGAAACCCAAACCCAAACCCAAACCCAAACCCAAACCCAAGCCCAAACCCAAACUAAGCCCAAACCCAAACCCAAGCCCAAACCCAAACCCAAACCCAAGCCCAAACCCAAGCCCAAACCCAAACCCAAGCCCAAGCCCAAACCCAAGCCCAAACCCAAACCCAAACCCAAGCCCAAACCCAAGCCCAAACCCAAGCCCAAGCCCAAGCCCAAGCCCAAGCCCAAACCCAAACCCAAGCCCAAGCCCAAACCCAAACCCAAACCCAAGCCCAAGCCCAAGCCCAAACCCAAACCCAAACCCAAGCCCAAACCCAAACCCAAACCCAAGCCCAAGCCCAGGCCCAGGCCCAGGCCCAGGCCCAGGCCCAGGCCCAGGCCCAGGCCCAGGCCCAGGCCCAGGCCCAGGCCCAGGCCCAGGCCCAGGCCCAGGCCCAGGCCCAGGCCCAGGCCCAGGCUGCCCAGGCCCAGGCCCAGGCCCAGGCCCAGGCCCAGGCCCAGGCCCAGGCCCAGGCCCAGGCCCAGGCCCAGGCCCAGGCCCAGGCCCAGGCCCAGGCCCAGGCCCAGGCCCAGGCCCAGGCCCAGGCCCAGGCCCAGGCCCAGGCCCAGGCCCAGGCCCAGGCCCAGGCCCAGGCCCAGGCCCAGGCCCAGGCCCAGGCCCAGGCCCAGGCCCAGGCCCAGGCCCAGGCCCAGGCCCAGGCCCAGGCCCAGGCCCAGGCCCAGGCCCAGGCCCAGGCCCAGGCCCAGGCCCAGGCCCAGGCCCAGGCCCAGGCCCAGGCCCAGGCCCAGGCCCAGGCCCAGGCCCAGGCCCAGGCCCAGGCCCAGGCCCAGGCCCAGGCCCAGGCCCAGGCCCAGGCCCAGGCCCAGGCCCAGGCCCAGGCCCAGGCCCAGGCCCAGGCCCAGGCCCAGGCCCAGGCCCAGGCCCAGGCCCAGGCCCAGGCCCAGGCCCAGGCCCAGGCCCAGGCCCAGGCCCAGGCCCAGGCCCAGGCCCAGGCCCAGGCCCAGGCCCAGGCCCAGGCCCAGGCCCAGGCCCAGGCCCAGGCCCAGGCCCAGGCCCAGGCCCAGGCCCAGGCCCAGGCCCAGGCCCAGGCCCAGGCCCAGGCCCAGGCCCAGGCCCAGGCCCAGGCCCAGGCCCAGGCCCAGGCCCAGGCCCAGGCCCAGGCCCAGGCCCAGGCCCAGGCCCAGGCCCAGGCCCAGGCCCAGGCCCAGGCCCAGGCCCAGGCCCAGGCCCAGGCCCAGGCCCAGGCCCAGGCCCAGGCCCAGGCCCAGGCCCAGGCCCAGGCCCAGGCCCAGGCCCAGGCCCAGGCCCAGGCCCAGGCCCAGGCCCAGGCCCAGGCCCAGGCCCAGGCCCAGGCCCAGGCCCAGGCCCAGGCCCAGGCCCAGGCCCAGGCCCAGGCCCAGGCCCAGGCCCAGGCCCAGGCCCAGGCCCAGGCCCAGGCCCAGGCCCAGGCCCAGGCCCAGGCCCAGGCCCAGGCCCAGGCCCAGGCCCAGGCCCAGGCCCAGGCCCAGGCCCAGGCCCAGGCCCAGGCCCAGGCCCAGGCCCAGGCCCAGGCCCAGGCCCAGGCCCAGGCCCAGGCCCAGGCCCAGGCCCAGGCCCAGGCCCAGGCCCAGGCCCAGGCCCAGGCCCAGGCCCAGGCCCAGGCCCAGGCCCAGGCCCAGGCCCAGGCCCAGGCCCAGGCCCAGGCCCAGGCCCAGGCCCAGGCCCAGGCCCAGGCCCAGGCCCAGGCCCAGGCCCAGGCCCAGGCCCAGGCCCAGGCCCAGGCCCAGGCCCAGGCCCAGGCCCAGGCCCAGGCCCAGGCCCAGGCCCAGGCCCAGGCCCAGGCCCAGGCCCAGGCCCAGGCCCAGGCCCAGGCCCAGGCCCAGGCCCAGGCCCAGGCCCAGGCCCAGGCCCAGGCCCAGGCCCAGGCCCAGGCCCAGGCCCAGGCCCAGGCCCAGGCCCAGGCCCAGGCCCAGGCCCAGGCCCAGGCCCAGGCCCAGGCCCAGGCCCAGGCCCAGGCCCAGGCCCAGGCCCAGGCCCAGGCCCAGGCCCAGGCCCAGGCCCAGGCCCAGGCCCAGGCCCAGAGGCCCAGGCCCAGGCCCAGGCCCAGGCCCAGGCCCAGGCCCAGGCCCAGGCCCAGGCCCAGGCCCAGGCCCAGGCCCAGGCCCAGGCCCAGGCCCAGGCCCAGGCCCAGGCCCAGGCCCAGGCCCAGGCCCAGGCCCAGGCCCAGGCCCAGGCCCAGGCCCAGGCAGGCCCAGGCCCAGGCCCAGGCCCAGGCCCAGGCCCAGGCCCAGGCCCAGGCCCAGGCCCAGGCCCAGGCCCAGGCCCAGGCCCAGGCCCAGGCCCACCCCAGGCCCAGGCCCAGGCCCAGGCCCAGGCCCAGGCCCAGGCAGGCCCAGGCCCAGGCCCAGGCCCAGGCCCAGGCCCAGGCCCAGGCAAACCCAACCCAAACCCCCAGGCCCAGGCCCAGGCCCAGGCCCAAACCCAAGCCCAAACCCAAGCCCAAGCCCAAGCCCAAGCCCAAACCCAAGCCCAAACCCAAGCCCAAACCCAAGCCCAAGCCCAAGCCCAAACCCAAACCCAAGCCCAAGCCCAAACCCAAGCCCAAGCCCAAGCCCAAGCCCAAGCCCAAGCCCAAGCCCAAGCCCAAGCCCAAGCCCAAGCCCAAACCCAAACCCAAACCCAAACCCAAACCCAAACCCAAACCCUCAAAUCCCACCAGCUAUGGUUUCCUGUGUUGAGAAUUUCGCGAGAAAUGCAUAAUAAUCAGCAUAAAUUAAAGCAUACAUUAACAAUUAAAUAUCUAUAA